CGCCCCCUCGCCAGAGGCCCCCUCUGUGCCGCUUUCCACCGCCUCCUUGCUCUGGGCGGUCAGAGAGGGCCGGAGCGAGAAGAUGGCGAAGACGUACGAUUAUCUGUUCAAGCUGCUGCUCAUCGGCGACUCCGGCGUUGGCAAGACCUGCCUCCUGUUCCGCUUCUCAGAGGACGCCUUCAACACCACCUUUAUCUCCACCAUCGGAAUUGAUUUUAAAAUCAGAACGAUAGAACUCGACGGAAAGAAAAUUAAACUUCAGAUAUGGGACACGGCGGGCCAGGAAAGAUUCCGAACAAUUACAACAGCAUACUAUAGAGGAGCCAUGGGAAUCAUGCUGGUCUAUGACAUCACCAAUGAAAAAUCCUUUGACAAUAUUAAAAAUUGGAUAAGAAACAUUGAAGAGCACGCCUCUUCAGAUGUUGAAAGAAUGAUCCUGGGUAACAAAUGUGAUAUGAACGACAAAAGACAAGUGUCGAAAGAAAGAGGGGAGAAGUUAGCAAUUGACUAUGGGAUUAAAUUUUUGGAGACAAGUGCAAAAUCGAGUACAAAUGUAGAAGAGGCAUUUUUUACACUUGCACGGGAUAUAAUGACAAAACUCAACAGAAAAAUGAAUGACAGCAAUUCAUCAGGAGCAGGUGGGCCAGUGAAAAUAACAGAAAGCCGGUCUAAGAAGACCAGUUUCUUCCGCUGUUCUCUGCUUUGAUGAACUCCUCACUUCUGAGAGACUGCAGAAUACCUAGAGGGCCCUUCCCCGCCUCUCUGAAAGCACAGGCUACCCAGCCUCAGAGUCACCUCACCCGGCUGCUGCGGAGAGUACCCCGGAACUCUGACCUCUCAACACAGACCGCCAAGUGGAUCCCAGCCUUGUGGCCUAGCAAAAGAGCGGGCUCCUUUCUUUAAACAUGGAAGCAAUGACGUGGAGACACACGUAGGACCUAACUGGUUUUUCCUUGUUUUACUACCUGUCCUGGAAGCUGCUGUCUUUCUUUGCACAUGAGUGUCAGCCUUUCCCUGAUACAGCAUAAUCUCAGACUCUUAACUGAGCAUUUUGGGGCUUGAAGUUCUAGACUUGUAUAUUUGGGGAUGUUUAAAGAUGGCAGAGCA